UCGAACAAUCGAAAUGUAAUAAAUGAUAAAGAUAAUACGAUAAUCGAGUAUUACAUAAAUGAAAACGAUCAGUCACAAAUAUUAGGACUUUCAUGGAAUGCAAAAUCAGAUAUUUUACACUACACGGUAGAACAAGGUCAAUUUAACGGCAAGGUUACUAAACGUUCAAUACUUUCCGCAAUUUCCAAAAUUUUUGACCCUCUGGGAUUAGUCGGACCAAUUUCAAUAAUAGCAAAAAUUUUACUUCAGGAACUAUGGAAAAUUCAAAUCGAUUGGGACGAAUCAGUUCCACAAGACAUUUAUACAGUAUGGACAAAUUUUUCUGAAAAAUUGACAAGUAUCAAUGAUAUACAAAUCCCAAGACAAGUUACAAUUUCUAGUUACAUAGAUAUACAAUUGCAUGGCUUUUGUGAUGCGAGUGAAAGCGCAUAUGGAUGUUGUUUGUUCAUUCGAACCACAAAUGCUCGCGGAAAACAUUUCGCAAAUCUCUUAUGCGCCAAAUCAAGGGUCGCGCCAUUAAAAACGAUUACUGUACCCAGACUGGAAUUAUGUAGCGCAGUUUUACUCGCACGCUUAGUAAGAAAGGCGAUUAGUUCAUUAACCAUUCAAUUUUCCAAAUAUUAUUUAUGGUCAGAUUCUACUAUAACAUUAUCUUGGAUUAAUUCGGAACCUCAUACUUUAAAAACAUUUGUUGCAAACAGGGUGACACAAAUUCACGAGUUGACACAUCCUUCACAAUGGAAUCAUGUGAACUCAACCGACAACCCUGCGGACAUAAUAAGCAGGGGAGUUAAUCCUGAAAAUUUGAAGGCGUGUGAUCUGUGGUGGGCAGGUCCGGCUUGGCUCACUAGUGAUGAAACCAUGUGGCCGAAACCUUUCAAAAUUACGUAUUCUGAAAUACCAGAAAUUCGUUCAAUAAAACCUAUAUCAUUUCCUGUUAUUAUAAAUGAUUUAAACCUAUUUAGUCGAUACUCAUCCUUUACUAAAUUACAUCGUGUAGUCACAUACUGCAUACGUUUUAUGAAAAACUGCAAGGCUAAGAACGGUAGCAAACAAAUUGGCUAUUUAUCAACUACAGAGUUGAAUGAAUCUUUAUUCGUUUUAACAAGAUUAGUACAAUCAGAGGCAUUUAGAGAUGAGAUACACUGUUUGACAAAUUCUAAACCUAUUUCGAAAAAGAGUAAAUUAUAUACUUUAAGCCCCUUUUUAGAUGAUAAGAAUAUAAUUCGUCUUGGAGGUCGUAUACAUAAUUCACACUUCAACUUUGACAAAAAAUUUCCAAUCUUAUUACCCGCAAAACAUGAUUUGACUUAUUUGAUCAUUAAGCAUACGCAUAAAAACUUGCUACAUGCGGGUCCCCAAACCGUCUUGGCGCAUUUAAGGAAUAAAUUUUGGGUCCUUAAUGGUAAGAACUCUGUUAAAAAAAUAUUGCGACAAUGUAUAACCUGUUUCAAGGUAAACCCCACCGAAGUGACCCAACCAAUGGGUAAUCUCCCAGAAUAUAGAUUGAAACCAACACGACCUUUCCUUAUUAGUGGUGUUGAUUUCGCAGGUCCGUUUCUUAUCAAGGACGGUAAAUUAAGAAAUAGGAAAUUCAUUAAGGCGUAUUUAUGCUUAUUUGUUUGCUUCGCAACAAAGGCAGUACAUCUUGAGAUCGCAGGCGACUUGACAACGGAUUGUUUUCUAAAUGUUCUCAAACGUUUUGUGUCGCGUCGAGGUUUGUGCCAACACAUGCAUUCAGACAACGGCUUGAAUUUUGUUGGGGCAGACAAUGAGCUAAAAAGAAUUUUUAAAUCUAUUUUUAACUUUAAUAAUGACAACCCGAUUAUGACAUAUUUAAACAAAAACUCGAUUACGUGGCAUUUUAUUCCUCCACGCUCUCCCCACUUUGGUGGAUUGUGGGAAGCUAACAUAAAGGGAGCUAAACACCACAUGAAGCGAAUUUUAGGGAAUUCAUUCUUAACGUACGAGGAGUUAUAUACCGUGGUGGUCCAAAUCGAGGCAGUCCUCAAUUCUCGACCUCUCACCCCACUAUCCUCUGAUCCCGCCGAUCUCAUAGCCCUUACACCUAGUCAUUUCCUCAUAGGAGAUGUUCUAACGACCAUCCCACAGGAAAAUGUAGUUGACACGCCAGUUAACAGAUUAUCGUUAUACAAAAAACUUCAGCAAAUGUUGCAACAUUUUUGGCGAAGGUGGUCAACGGAAUACAUCUCCAACCUGCAAAAUCGAACCCGAUGGAACUCACAGUCACCGCAGGAAAUUCAACCCAACACCAUGGUCCUGCUCAAGGAGGACAACCUACCCCCACUCCAGUGGAAGCUUGGCAGAGUGAGUGAGGUGUAUCGUGGAAAGGACAACAUAGUGCGAGUGGUGAGCGUGAAAACAAGUUCAGGUAUAGUUAAGCGUGCAGUGAGAAAACUUUGCAUACUACCCAUUGACAAUCUUGUUUAAGAUAUAUUUCUACUUCUUUGAAAGCUAUAGGUAGCUUGUCAAGGCCGGGAGCAUGUAGAGUCUUAUAUUUGUAUGUAGGGUUGCCUAUCUGUGGCAUUCAAGCCAGCGCCCUCGUACUAGUUCUAGGAGAAUAGUUUUUUUUGUUUUAGUGUGUGGUAAGGACUCAGUAUAGUCAGUUGAUAUUGUAACGUACACUCUCUACAGUCCACAACAAAUCAAGUGAAAGUAUGUAGUGACAAAACUCUACAUAACAUAAGUGGUCCAUUCGACACGGAUUCAACCAGUGAAACCUACGGAUACCUAAACGUAAAACACGAAAAAUCAUAAGACAUUAAUAAUCAUAAUCACGCAGUGCAAGUGCGCAUUCCAAUCAAGCCACAACGUGGUAAGCAAAAACGAAAUUACAACAAUCGGCACCUGCACGGCCGGCGCACGCUACUACACGAGCCGACGAGAGUUGCGGCACCAACCAAUCAGAAGCGUUUCAACGGAAUCAACAAAUCCUGUCUACGUGAUCUACAGAUGGCCAAGUCAAUCCAGAGAUGUUCUAACGACCAUCCCA